AUGUCUUCGCCAGGGGAUACUCUGCCAGACGUAACUUCAUGGGAGAACGUGCAUCACGGAGUGUCCAAUGGUGAUUUCGCGCGAUUGGUGCCGCAUUCUCCAGCGGCACGCAGACUCUUUGACCAAGUCGUCCGCCUUCUGGAGUCCGAUAGCAGCAAGCUGCAUCAUGUGCGCCAGUACAUUCACUACGAAGUCACGCUGUCCAGCGAAAGUACUGCUGAAAGCAGUUUUGCUGCUUCUACCCCGUCACCUCAGCGCGAAGCCCUCCAAGAAUUUUGCGGUUACUACCGCCUCAACAUGUCCAUUCCUCCUGCGAGUCAAGGCUUAGGCUGGGUUGUGGGAAGCUCAAGACUGAACAAGCCAGAUCACUUUAUCACUGUGGACAGCAGAACCUUUCAACGCGACGACAUAAAGCAGCAGCACGAACGAGAUUUCCAAGCUACCCUUCAACAUGGCACCAGCGUCCGGCUGGGUGAUCUCACUUACGUACUCGUGUACACCGACUUGAGCCAGGAGCAGAAACAACGAGAACUCGAAGAAGCCCUAGCACAGGUCAACGCUAUGCCUCCGAAUUCCGUGAUGCUGCUUUCGCCAACACCAUCCAAGCCAACUAUCGACUACCACGGCUACAGCAUCUAUGAUGCUGAUCACCAUGGCGCCACGAGUUCUGUAUCUUUGGGCUUUGACAAGUCUAACGGCAAGCCAGUCGCAGUCAAGAUGGUCAAAUGCACCGCCUCGCAGUUCGGUGACUUAAGAAGAGAGAUUGGCAUCUUGAGCCGUAUCAGUCAUGAGAACGUAUGCAAGCUUCUUGAGGUCGUAAACUGGGACGCGUCAGCCAAUCCACACGAAUGGCGACAGAAUGAGUGUCUGACUGUGGGUCUCAUUAUGUCACCACCGGCAACUUCUUCCGCGCUGCAAUUACUCCCAAUCUGGAAACGUCUUCCGGAGUCUACUACUUUCCUUCGCGAGUCCAUACGCCAGAUUGGAUCCGGUCUUGCACAUAUUCACAGCCUCAAUAUACUUCAUCGGGACAUCAAACCUGAAAACAUAGGCUAUCGCUCCGAAAGCCCAGUGCACGUCAUCAUCCUCGACUUUGGUUGCAGCGAUCAGGGCCCGCACAGCACUCGCCACAAUCGAGGGACGAUGACAUAUCUCGCUCCUGAGGUCAUGCGAAUAAAGGAAGAAGAGUCUUCGGAGCCCUUCUCGUUUCCAUCAGACGUGUGGAGUCUCGGUGUCACUCUGGUCGACUUUCUCACAGGAAAACAAGUUCAUCGAAAACUAGGCCAGGCGUCAGUCUACAAAUCCUUUAGAGAUAUCAUGGACACAACCGCAGCCAGAGUAGACUACCGAGAAUUCUGGGAUAUUGCGAUCGAACUCUUAGCAUGGGAGGCAGAGCUCCGACCGACGGCGGAGCAACUAGCUCAACGCUUUUCCCACGAGAAACAAAACGAAUCGGAAGUCUCACGUCAACCGUCCCAGAGCGAAGAACAAUUGGCCAAGCGUGUGAAGGUAUAG